UCAUGGACAGAUCUAAAGAAAACUGCAUCUCGGGGUCUGUUAAGGCUACAAUUCCACUUGGUGGUGGUCCGAAACGUGUUCUGAUUACCCAGCAGAAUCCGGGCUCUGCCAGCAGUGGCCAGGCCCAGAGGGUCCUGUGUCCUUCCAAUUCCUCCCAGUGUGUUACUUCACAAGGCCAAAAGCUUGUCUCCAGCCACAAACCGGUGCCCAAGCAGCUGCAGACAACCGGCAUGCCACAACCUGUCUCCCGGCCAGCCAGCAUCCCUCAGAAGAGCGAGCCGCCGCAGCCCCAGCCUGCAGCUUCCGGAAAUAAUUCUGAAAAGGAUCAGGCAUCAAAACAGAAAAACGAAGACUCAAAAAAGAGGCAGUGGACUCUGGAGGACUUCGACAUUGGCCGCCCGCUGGGUAAAGGGAAGUUUGGGAACGUUUACUUGGCGAGAGAGAAGCAGAGCAAGUUCAUCCUGGCCCUGAAGGUGCUGUUCAAGGCCCAGCUGGAGAAGGCGGGGGUGGAGCACCAGCUCCGGAGGGAAGUGGAGAUCCAGUUGCACCUUCGGCACCCUAACAUUCUCAGGCUCUAUGGUUAUUUCCACGAUGCCACCAGAGUUUACCUAAUUCUAGAAUAUGCGCCCCUUGGAACAGUCUAUAGAGAACUGCAGAAACAGUCCAAGUUUGAUGAGCAGAGAACUGCUACGUAUAUUACCGAGCUGGCAAAUGCCCUGUCAUACUGUCAUUCAAAGAGAGUCAUUCAUAGGGACAUUAAGCCCGAGAACCUGCUCCUUGGGUCAGCUGGAGAGUUGAAGAUCGCAGACUUUGGGUGGUCUGUCCACACCCCGUCCUCCAGGAGAACCACACUGUGUGGCACCCUGGACUACCUGCCCCCCGAGAUGAUCGAAGGCCGGGUGCAUGACGAGAAGGUGGACCUGUGGAGCCUGGGUGUCCUCUGCUAUGAGUUCUUAGUUGGAAUACCUCCUUUUGAGGCACACACGCACCAAGAGACCUACAGAAGGAUAUCACGGGUGGAAUUCACAUUCCCUGGCUUUGUGACGGAGGGAGCUCGGGACCUCAUUUCCAGACUGUUAAAGCACAAUGCUAGCCAGAGGUUGACGCUGGGGGAGGUCCUGCAGCACCCCUGGAUCUUGGCAAAUUCCUCAAAGUCAUCAAAUUGCCAGAAAAACAGAGAGACCACUACCAAAUCAUCUUAA